CACCGCUCCCGUCGCCCUGGGUCAGCGGGCAGGGGGGUGGCCCACGGAACCCCCCGACACCUGUGCGCCGCCGGACCCUCUGCACCUGAGGGGCCAACAAGAUGGCCGCCCUCGCCAGCUCACUCAUCCGGCAGCGGCGGGAGGUCAAGGACCCGCAGGCAAACCGGCAGAUCGCCAACAAGCGCAAGCCCUGCCCCAAGAGCAACAAGUCGCUGUGCCAGAAGCAGAUCCUCAUCUUGAUCUCCAAGGUUCGACUAUGUGGCAGUCGAGGGAGAAAGAUGGACAAAAGACCGGAGCCCCAGCUGAAGGGCGUGGUCACGCGGCUAUACUGCCGCCACGGCUUCUACCUGCAGAUGCUUCCCGAUGGCACCAUGGAAGGCACAAAGGACGAAGGCAGCUCCUUCUUGCAGUUCAACUUGAUUCCUGUGGGCCUGCGCAUCGUGGCCAUCCAGAGCACCAAGACAGGACUCUACAUGGCCAUGAACAGCGAGGGCUACCUCUACACCUCGAAACUCUUCACGCCCGAGUGUAAGUUCAAGGAGUGUGUGUUUGAGAACUACUACGUGACCUACUCGUCGAUCCUGUACCGCCAGACGCAGUCGGGCCGCGCCUGGUACAUCGGCAUCAACCGCGACGGGCUGGUCAUGAAGGGCAACCGCGUGAAGAAGACCAAGGGCGCCGCCCACUUCCUGCCCAAGCUCAUCGAAGUGGCCAUGUACCGGGAGCCCUCCCUCCACGACGUGGCGGUGCAAAGCCCGCCACGGAAAACACCCAAGACCACCAGCGACUCGCCCGCACACAAGAAGGACCCCCCCUCCAAAACUAAGACCACCUCCACCUCCUAGCACUCAAGAGACCUCCUGAGGCACAUUAACGGGGGGCAAAAAUGGACGGGGAGGUGUGUGUGUGUGUGUGUGUUUGAACUUUGACCUCUGCGAGAACCUUGAUGAGAACCCCAGUGUGUGCACCACAAACACACACUCACACGGGGUCACACGGAUGCGUGGGGCCCGCGGUCCUCACAGGCCUCCAUCCAGGCGCUACAGUCGUGUGUAUAAUCUCUUUCACACAAAUGCCACUCGUUUUUCUUGUGGCGUGGAUUGACCCCUGACCCCUGACUGACCCCUGACCUGACAGAUCCUGUACGAGGCGGUCAGCCACCUCAGAGACAACGGUGAACUCUAGACAAACUCCGUAGAGGUCUUCCUCCUUCACAUCCCUGUUGAGUGGAAGAAAAAAUACAUUCAUCUAUGUAUCUAUAUCUAUAGAUAUAGAUAUAGAUAUAGUUUAACUCUACAGAUCCCCCCCCCAUAGCCCACUCUACCCCUCAAUGUCCUCUUCAGCUCAUUCGGCGCCCCAACAGCAGAACCUGGAUUUAUAAAGAGCAAUAACUUGUCUGCAGAAGCCGACUGGCACGUUUCAAAGCGAGGGCAAAGCAGGGGUGGGAGAGGAAGUCCCUCUCCAUCCCCCAUCUGGCGUCCGUGUGGUUCAUCAAAUAACCACAAGAAUACAACAUCGGCAUGUUGUUCCCUUUCAUUUUUGUUCUCCUUUACGUUUUUUUAUGGACCCGCUGUCACGUUUUGUUUUGACCCACCCCCCUGAACUCCAAGCCCUGCUCACAAGCACAGCACAUUCUGACCCUCGGACACUCUAGGAGUACCCCGUCACCGUCACGUGAUCCAACAUGAUUGUGUCUUCACCCUGGGUGCUGGCAGUGUGGGGUUACGCCUGUGAUGUACGAUGUGUGUAUGGGGUGAUUGUUUGUCCGCACACUUUGAUUGCGCAGAUCACAAUGGUAAGGAUUGGAUUAGUUUGUGAGAUGGAUGAUUUCACACAGUGACUCUACAGCUCCCAAGAUGCUCUGCUCACUGGCUCUUUCACUGCGAGUCUGAGCCCACAACAUGAACACAUACACGUAACGCUCAUUGUUAUGAAUACUCUUAUGAGAAUAAUUCAUAUCAGUGUGUGCAUGUACUUCAUUGGUGGACUGGUGUUGCAGACACACACAUCCAACAAACACACAGAGCCAGAGGUUUUGAUAAAGGAUGAUGAUGAUGAUGAUGAUGAUGACGGUAAACCUUGUAGAUCCACUGCAGUAGUGCUGCUUCUGUUCCCAGAGCCUUCAAGAACCACCCGCACACAAAUCGUCAAAAUGACGGUAUUCUUUAGGUCUCACACCUUUAUCCUGUAUUCGCUGUAGGCCUAAUAUUGUUUAAUUUCAGGUCGGCCUGAAAGAUGUUUUUCGUGAGUCUACAGAUUCUGUUUGAACGCACCAGCUUUUUUUUCAAAGAUGAAUCAAUAUUACCAGAAAACCAAUAUCCUCACAGAUGGCUGUGUCUAUCUACUCUAUAUAUAUUGUGUUUGGUCUCAACCCGCACAGGAUAUGUUGGCUCCGAGCUGUUGUGAUCUAUUUUUCGAAGCACCUUCGUUUGUUUUGUCUCUGUGUGUGAAUCCACUUCUCAGAUACGAGUGCGAUGACUACUCUGACGUGGGUGUUGUGCGUUGUUGUUGUUAUAUAUUUAUUUUUUUCGUUGUCUUCAGAACUACCCGUGGGUUUAUUUGUCGGUUUGUUUUGUUUGCUUUUGUCCAGAGACGAACCUUGAGCUGCUUUAAGAAUCAAACAUGUUUAGGGCUCUUGUCGCCUUCUUAGGGCUCAUAUUGCCUUUACGGAGACUGUAUUACUAAUAAUUUCCUAAAUAGUUAUUAUUAUUAUUAUUAUGCAAGGGAUUCCAAGCCUCCGCUAACUUUGUUGGGUGAUGCCGGCAAUAUUGAAUACAUUUGAUGACAAUAUUGUAUCAUUUGAGAACAUUUUCAGGGGGUUUGAGGCGAAUAAUAACCAACCAAAGUGAUGGCUCAAAGCAGAGAAAUGUUUGGGGGAUCAUUCUUUGAUAUCUCACAGUUUCUUUGUGGCAUAUUUCUCCUUAUUUAUUGCUGUAUUUGAUAUAACAAAAAAAAUGUUUGUUAACCAUUAUUUCUGUCCCCAUAUUUCGUAUUUUCCUUUCCCUGUGAUUAUAUUUUAUUUCUCGUACAUUGAAAAACCAAAAGCAAUCUUCAUUUGUUUCCCCACAUCCAUCAUGGCUCCCGUAAGGGGCACAAUGAGGCAGGCAGGUCGUUCUCUCUCCUGCAUAACAUCAGCCGGCGCCGACGGCCAGAGAGACGCGCCUGUUAUUGUGCGGCACAGAAACAUUAGCGGUGCUAAACGAACAAAGGAGAAAAAGUUGGAGGAAAUAAAUGAGUCGGAGGGCGAGAGAACGGGAGGAGAGAAGGGGUCAAUUGGUAUGGUAGAAAAAAAAAGGAAUCAAAAUGGAAGAAAAAUCAUGGUAGAUAGAAAGAAGGAAACAAAGUCACAAAAAAGAAAGAAGGAAGGGAAGGAGGAAUGAUUUAGAACGAGGGAAAAGGGAAGGACAGAUUUUUAUGGUAUAUCAGGGUUUAUUUACGGGAGAAUUGUUCUGUACUGAGUGCUUUCGUGGGAAAAACUGUGCUCUCAGACACUCAUACACACACACACACACACACACACACACACACAC